ACCAACGGGCCUUUCCAUGAACUCCUCCAGCAGUGCACACUGAUGUGCCUUCCAAGUUUUGUGGGGGCAGUUAACUCUUGCGGCUCUCUUCUACCCUAGGAAGGGGCAGCUGUGCUAAGGGGUAGUUUUGUUUACUUCAGUGAGCAAUUAGGGAUUUUACAUGGAAAUUGAACCUGAUUGAUAAGUUUGGUACUUUUUCCAGAGCUUGGGGCUAAUGGACAUCUAGGGCAAUAAGCUUAACCUGCCAAAUACUGAGCUGGGGCAAUAGCAGUAACACAUUUAAUGGGCAGCUGAUGAAUACACUGGAUUAAAAAGGUAGAUUUUGGAAGAGUUUAUUGGGCCUUAACUUGGAAGCAGUGAGUGGUAAAGUGAGGGCAUAAAAAGGGCAGAUUUUGUAACAUAAUUAAGGGCAACAUCUUAAUGUUAUAAGAUAUUGAAAUUGGUGCAAAUUAUUGUCGAGCUGCAAGAAAUUAACCUGGAAAGUGCUUGGUUUGUGUAGUGAGGGGUUAACACUUUGUGGAACUGAGAGUAACGAUCUAAAGGAUAUUUAACAUUUGUCUGAGGCUUAAAUCUUGUGCUAUUAUACAUCAAUAUGCCCCGCAAGAAGCCUUUUAGUACCAAGCAAAAGAAGAGGCAGCUGCAAGACAGGCGAGAAAGGAAGAGGGGGCCAAGUGACUUAGGCAGAUCCGAUUCAAACAGUCGGAGCCAGAGCAGAGAGAGGGGAGAGGAGAAUACGGAUACCUCAGACAGCGAAAGCAUUAGACCUCAAGUGAGACGUCUCAAUCAGCAGCCGCUGGCACCUAGGGGGCGGGAGAGAGGCUAUGACCCAAACAGGUAUAGACUUCACUUUGAGAGAGAGAGUAAAGAAGAGGUGGAGAGAAGAAAGAAGAUUGCGCAGGAUAAAGUCUUGGAUCCCAUUCCAGAAGCCGAACUCGAGGUUGAUAUCAGUGAGAUCUAUAGACCAGGAUCAGUUCUGGAUUUCCCCAAACGCCCAGCCUGGAAUUAUGAUAUGAGUAAAGAGGCCGUGCUGUCCCAGGAGGAGAGAGCCUUCAAGGAUUAUUUACAGAAGAUCUACGAGAAUCACAACCCUCAGGAACUUAGUUACUUUGAGCACAACAUAGAGACAUGGCGACAACUCUGGCGCGUACUUGAGAUGUCCGAUAUUAUUCUCCUCAUAACCGACAUCAGGCAUCCGGUGCUGCACUUCUCUCCAGCUCUAUAUGAGUACGUGACUCAAGAGCUAGGGCGUUCACUUGUCCUGGUCCUCAAUAAAGUAGAUCUCGCCCCACCCUCACUGGUUGCCGCUUGGAAACAUUACUUUCAAUCCAAGUUUCCACAAGUCCAUGUGAUCUGUUUCACGUCGUACCCCCGCCACCCCGAGGAGGAGCAGAACCCUUGCUCAGUAUUUAAAAAGCGCAGGAAGAAGCGAAGAGUGUGGAGCGCAGCCCUUGGCCCCAGUCAGCUCCUGCGUGCUUGUGAGAUCAUCACAGCUGGGAAAGUGGACCUGGCCAGUUGGAGAGAGAAGAUUGAGAGGGACUCUACCGCUCUGAAUUAUGAAGAGGAUGACGAUGAGACAGAUGAGAGAGAUGCUGGAGAUCCGGUUCUCUCUCAGCAGGUUGCUGAUGCAGAGUUAGGGACCCCCAGCAGAGAGCUGUACAAGGAUGGGGUGCUGAGCAUCGGCUGUGUAGGGUUCCCCAAUGUGGGUAAGUCAUCUGUAAUUAACGGACUCGUCGGGAAGAAGAUUGUCAGCGUUUCACGGACCCCAGGACACACCAAAUACUUCCAGACGUAUUUCCUGACUCCAUCUGUGCGGCUGUGCGACUGUCCUGGCCUGAUUUUCCCGUCACUUAUAGACCGACAGCAGCAGAUCCUUUCUGGUAUUCACCCCAUAGCACAAAUUCAAGAGCCCUAUACCUCUGUUGGGUACCUCUCCUGCCGCAUACCCGUGCCCCAACUCCUCAAACUCUCUCUGCCUGCUGAGCUAAAGGAAGGCUGGACGGCGUGGGGGAUCUGUGAGGCCUGGGCAGACAAGCGUGGUUAUAAGACGGCGAAGGCCUCUCGUAGCGACACGUACAGAGCUGCCAAUAGUCUCCUGCGUCUGGCUGUGGAUGGCCGACUCUGCCUGUGUAUGAGACCUCCUGGAUACACGCAACAGAAAGAUGCCUGGGAGCGCCAUCCGGAAACUCAAGAAAUGGCAGCACACUCACAGGCUCAGGGUAGAUCUAGUAGUGGUUCCUCAGACGAAGAGGAGGAGGAGGAGAUUUCUAGUUCAGGGGAGGAAGAGGAAGAAAGGGACCGUGACGCUGAUGAAGAAGAGGAGGAAGAGACCCCUACGCAGCCUCAUCCCAAGAAAACCAUCAAAAACAAACUGGCAACCACCAACCCCUAUGCCCUACUUGGCGAAGAUGAGUGUUAAAUUUGGAUUUGAGAUUGAAGUGAACAUUUUGCUUAUUUAAGGGGUAAUAGCUAUCUCCCAAUAAUCAUUUUGCCUUCUAUUACCACUCCUCAUUUUGCCAUAGCCAAGCUCCAAUACCAGCUAGGCUGACAAUCCAAGAACCUCCACCAAUUAGGUAGGGACUUCUAAUAGGCAAAGGUGGCUUUUGAUAGAACUGUGUUGUGGUAUUGGAGAUGGUAAUGGCAUUGUCCAGAUUUCAGCCAUUUUGCCACUUGGCUGCUGCCAUAUCAAAAUGGGUAUUUAUUCAACCUGGCAGUAAUGUGAUUACUUUUUUUGCUGAUUUUUAUUGUUACAUUGAGUAGAAAAGGCGUGGUCAAUGGGCAACUAAUACUAUUUUGUCCUUAGACAGAAAAGGCAAAAUGGUUUACCAUAGAAGUUUAAGUCUAAUUAGACUUAAUUCAUCUCUGAAUUUAAGUACAAAAUGGCUGACCUUGAACUCUCCAAAAGGUGGACUUCCACUUAAGCACCCAACCAAAAGACCAAUCCAAGCUUUCUUAAUAAGUUCAAAAUGGCUGACAGUCCGGUUUGCUUGAAGUUUAAGCUCAUUUUGUAAAAAGGUGUGUGUGGUAAAGGAAGCAAUGACUAUCGGGAUUAUAACGAUGAUUAAAAACUUCUCAAUUUUGUUUUCAUGAGGUUUCUCUAAGAAUUUUGUUAGGUUCAUUACAUUCCCUGUAAAAGUACUUCUGCCUCAUACCCUUCUAAUGAGAUGAAAACGCAAACAAUAAUGCGUAUAGUAAAUUAGAGACAUUCUAGUAUAAAUUAUAUUCACUUUGUUAAGCAACUUUGCAAUGUAACUUAUGUUAAAGGGACAUAAUACUCAUAUGCUAAAUGACUUUAAAGUGAUGCAGCAUAACUGUACAAAGCUGACAAGAAAAUAUCACCUGACCAUCUCUAUGUAAAAAAGGAAGAUAUUUUACCUCACAAUUUCUUCAGCUCACCAGAGUAAGUGCUCUGUGAGCAUUUAUACUUUAGCUAGUGGCGGCUCCAUGUUGAAAAAAAUCACCCAUUCCGCUUCACCAGUGCUGAGGUUGCACUUUGUUUUACUGUGAUUUCAUGAGAUUUGAUUGAAAUAUUGUGUAGUUUCAUAGUAAACCAUCUUAAACUAAGGAGGGACACAACAUGACUGUGCUGCACAUCCCAGAUGCACGCUCCUUUUGUAUGCCCCGGGACUAGCAUCCUGAUUGGCUGCUGAAAGUCCUUUUACAAUGGGAUGUCGUUACUGAAGAAAUGUUAAGGUCAAAUAUUUUCUUUUUAUACAUAGAGAUGUUCAGGUGAUAUUUUCUAGUCAUUUUUUUACAGAUAUAUGCUGCAUCACUUUCAAGUGCUUCAACAGUUGGCUAUCGUCCCUUUUAAACAGCACUUAAAAAAACUCUUAUAAGUGCAUAUUAUCCUUUUAUGUACUUGGUUGACCGCAUGGUUGCAUAUGCAUCAAUUAAAGGCACCUCAUACACGCUCCUAGUGACAAUCUAAGAUUUUAUUUAUAUGCAAAGUUGCUUAACAACACUUUCUGGGGCUGUACAGUUUAGUUUGUACUAGAAUGUCCUUCUAAUUUAUUAUAAUGUUUUGAGGAGUAAUAGAUUUUAUGAGAAAUAUAUAUUGUCCAUAUUCCGCUUAGCAAGAAACUAAACAUAGCUUCCAGUUACAAUAACUGCUUUCAAUGUAUUUAUUUAUUUUACUUUAAAAACUAAGGAUUUCGCUUUUUGGUAUCGUGUGCAAAGGUUUUGAUACCUACUGAAAUCUAUCAAUGUAUAUAUUAUUUUUUUACAAUUGUUUUCUUUUAAGAUUACUAAUUUACAUGUUACAGAUUUCCGACAAUGUAUCCAUUCCAGGAAAAAACACUUGGUAUUUCUCUAUGGGGACCAGGUAUAACAAAAAUCACUAUCCAGAGCUGGCUAACUCACAUUUCAGAAUGGCUUAACUGGACAGCUUAUGAUAUAAGCUUUGUUUUGGAACCAAGAGUAACAGUAUUCCUGAACCUUCCCAUUAUGUUCUGCUUCAUCUCCAGCCUCUUUCACAUCCCCCUCCCAGCUGUGAACUAUGACUUCAGAUGUCUAUUUUGCUGAAUACAGAAUAAAAGUUAUUCUAUUUACUGAC